UGGAGCGAUCCGUGCGGGGCUGGCUCUCCGCAGAGUUCGAGCGCCGUCCUUUAGCUCGGGCGGCCGACCGAGGCGAGAAAACUGUUCCCCUACAGCCCGCGUCGCAAACCACGCCGCGGCCGGAGCAGAUGCCAGGGGUCGGGGAAACGCAGGGUGGUGGGUGGUCUGCCUGGAGCGGACGGGUGAGCACAAUAGUUGGUGUCGCCCUCUCAGAGUGUUGGAAGCAGCGUGUCGCGGCACAUCUGCGGUGCUGUAGAUUAUUCAAGAGCACUCAGACGGUGUUGGAGCUGAUGGGAUUGAACAGAGAAACUACAGGCAUUGCGAGCUGCCUGCUUCUCAGAGAAACAUGUUGAGGUCUCCCCCCCAGUUGACGAGGAGAUAAAACAAAACAUCUCGCUACAGCAAACCAUCUUCCGCAGCCUUUUCCCGACUCAGAUGGUUAGUCACGCCAUGACUCCCUUGGAUUCCCGUGAAGAACCGUCCACUCAAAGGUGAAAGGAUUUCAACCCGGCCACUAAAUAAAACCUCUUCUUGUCGCACAGUGUGGGAGAAAGUGCCGCAGCGGUGCCGGGAUGGCAUUUCUGUAGGCUGAUAACUAUCGUGGAAGCGGUGGUGAGUGAUCAUCUUUCACUCUUUUCAUUCUGGAUGCGCGGAGCAAGCACUCUGAGCUUUGCUGUCAACAGGAACCAGCAGACAAUUUCACUCGCAUGAAUAUAAGAACCUGACGGGUUCAAGUUUUGUUUUUUUCCCUCUCGAGACUCAAGACGCACACGGAGGAGGAUUCUUCAUGCCGUCGUUUGGAUGACCUUCGUACCAGAUUGACACCUCCCAACGGUUUCCAUUUUUAUAAAGAUUUUCGGCCGCUGGGAAGCAGGGGGAUCCGUUCCGAAGUCUUCUGCUUUAUGAGUGUUGGUCACCGGGCCGACGGGCUCCAGUGGCAGGCUUAGCCAGCAUGGCCAAACCUCUGCUGAAGAUCCAGCGUUAUUUCCGCAGGAAACCGAUCCGCUUCUUCACCCUCGGCUUGCUCUACCUGACAGCCGGAAGCCUCGUCUUCCUGCACGCCGGCAUUGGCGGCGACAGCUGUUGCGGAAAGCGAGAGAUGCGUAUUUACACCGUGGUGGCUUCUGAGAUGGGCAGCCAGGUCACAUCGUCAGACAGUGGGGGGCUGGGAAUCGUGAGAGUAUUUAAGGAGACUCGCAGGCAUGGACGAGGUUACGCCCCCAUGUGGAAAAAAAAGGCAUCGCAGAUAAAAGAAGGCAAAGCUGGAGACCACACCAACAAGCGGAGCCCUGCGGCGAAAGCCCGCAACGCGAAAGAGACUGACGACGCAAGAGCAAAGUAUAUUGGCUGCUACGUUGAUUCAACACAAAAGAGGGCCUUAAAAGGAGUUUCGUUUUUUGAUUACAAAAAAAUGACUGUAUUCCGUUGCCAGGACAACUGCGCCGAAAGAGGCUACAUGUUCGCAGGUUUGGAGUUUGGAGCAGAGUGCUACUGCGGUCACAAGAUUCAGACGGCCAACGCUUCGGAGAGUGAAUGCAACAUGGAGUGCAAAGGCGAAAAGAGCAACAUGUGCGGAGGAGCCAACCGGCUAUCCAUCUACAGGCUGGAGCUGAGCCAGGACUCGGCACGGCGCCACGGCAGCGCCAUUUUCAAGGGGUGUUUCCACAGACCAGACAAUGUCACCUUGGCUCUCCCUUUCAGAGUCUCCAUCCAAAACAUGUCUGUCGACAAAUGUGUCGACACUUGCACGGAGAAGGAGAAAUCGCUUGCCGUCCUGGCCGGGGAUCGAUGCCACUGCGGCUUCCCGACCUCCCUCUUCUCCCUUCAUGAGCCCGAGGACGAGAGCAUGUGUCUCCACCGCUGCCCCGGCGAGGAGUUUGAGAGCUGCGGGAAUGACGAGUACUUUGUGGUAUACCAGACGCAGGUUCAAGACAACCGUUGCAUGGACAGACACUUCCUUCCUACUCGUGUCAAUCAUCUGGUCGCCCUAGCGAGUUUCCCCGGAUCUGGCAACACCUGGUGUCGCCACCUCAUCGAGCUGGCCACCGGUUUCUAUAGCGGCAGCUAUUAUUUUGAUGCUUCACUCUACAAUAAAGGUUUUAAAGGUGAGCGAGACCACUGGCGCAGCGGAAGGACCAUCUGCAUAAAGACGCAUGAGAGUGGUAAAAAGGACAUUGAAGCCUUUGACGCCACUAUCCUCAUAAUCCGGAACCCGUAUAAGGCUCUCAUGGCGGAAUUUAACCGCUUAUAUGGCGGGCACAUUGGAUUCGCCUCCCAAGCCAACUGGAAAGGGAAAGAGUGGCCCGAGUUUGUGAAGAGCCAUGCCCCUUGGUGGGGGUCCCACAUCAUGGACUGGCUCCAUUAUGGGAAGAACGUCCAUGUGGUCCACUAUGAGGCCCUGAAGAGAGACUUGUUCUCGCACCUCAAGGGAAUGGUUGAGUUUUUGGGCCUGAAGGUUUCCGAGGAGCGUCUGCUCUGCAUGGAAGGCCAGAAGGAUGGCAACUUCAAGAGAUCGGGCCUUCGCAAACUCAAAUAUGACCCCUACACUCCCGAAAUGCGAGCCAACAUCAGUGAACUGAUAAGAAAAGUCGACGAUGCCUUAAAGAAAAAGAACAUGUCUGGUGUUCCAGAUGAAUACAUGCCAAGAUAAUAAAUCCCCUCUUCUUUUUUUUCUCCAAAAACAGACAUGUAUCCCCAUCUCAUCCUGUGUGUAACCAGACCUUAACAACCGAAGGAAUUUACUUUUAAAGAGCACUUGUUGUCCUCUUCCGUGCACAUGCUCUGUUGGCAUGUGCACACGCCUUAACACAAAGAGGCGACGCGAGAGAGCUGUGAGCGCACGUGGCGUGUUUCAUCCAAAACGAUUUAAUACUCUUUGGUAUGUUGAUCUUAUUUUGUGAAAACAAGGUGAAAUAUUUCCUGCUGCUCCUUUAGUUAGGAAACAUUUUAGAUGAAGUUGUGAUGAAAAAAAAGCUCCUUUUCUGAGGGAUAAAUGCAAUAUGCAGGCUCUACCUACCUGACAAUGAUACUGUGUGAUUCAAAAUUUAUUAUUUUUUUUGUAAGCUAGUGAACUUACUAUUUGCAAGAUGAAUUCUGUUGUUGAUGAUAAAGUUCUCAGUUCCUUGCUUUGAAGAAGGCACUGUGCUAAAAGAGUGAUGGGGAUGCAUCGUGACAGCAUUUAUUUAUCUCUGGUGUGCAGGGCGCACGUGUCUGCUUGUGAAUAUGUUCUCUUGACACUGGAUUCAAUGCCGAAACCCAAAAAGCACUUGACAGUGCCACAAUCGCCCCAAAGAUAUCGGACGAUACACACACACACACACACACACACACACUGUAUGCUUUAGGUCAGAUUAGUUCAGUUCUUUUGGGCUCCUUUUAGGACAGUUAAUGGCACUCGAUGAAACCUUUUUGUAAUUGCCUUUUUGUGAUAAGGGCAAUGAAACUCAAGGAUGGGGAAAAAAAAAACCUCUCCACAGACUGCAAAAAUUCCGCUCUUGACAUUGGUAUGUUUCAUAAGUGCUAUGCCUCGUGCUUUGAACAAAACAAGCAUGUACAGUACAUUAUAUGAGUAUUAAGCGAAAAAAAAUGCAAAGAGGCAGAAUACAAAAACUGACUUCCAUUUUCAGGAUGCUACUGUAUAUCUCUAUUUUUGUAAUGUGUGCCGACACACCCAAAUAUUUGUACUACGAGCAAACAAAUUCUAGAAACGGUUUCUAUUUUUAACAUGCUUUCGACUUGAUUGGCUCUUGCUGUCAUUGACGAGCAGGCACUUGAACAAAGAUUGGUUUGAAUGUAUCGCCAAUGGAACGAAUGUACUGUGAUGAAGCCCAAUAAAUAAGUCAACUGGAUAA